AUGGCGCCUGAGCCUGCUGAUAAGUGGGUCUUUACAGAGCUACGUUCGGUGAUUUUGCACGCUACUAACUCAUUAAGCUCAGUAUCAAGCGAUGCUGAGAAAGAGAAUAACAACACGGAUCUUCCAUGUGUAUUUCAUACGCCAAGUUUUACGGAAUCGAAAGUCGAAUGGCGAGUAGAGCAGCAAUUACGACGUACGACGUGUACCUUUAUCGAGCAUUUGGCGCAAUUGUUAGAGAUGCCUGGUGCUCCUAGUAUAGCUGCUCAGUUAUUUAUACAGCGGUUCUAUAUGAUGCAUUCGUUUGCAACCCACGAUCGCUUUCUUGUUGCUACUGCAGCGCUGUUUCUAGCCGGCAAGACAGAGGAGUUUCCAGUCAAGGUCCGUUACGUGACAGAGUGUUCGAUGUAUCUUUUGUUAUGUCGAGAGCAGGCUCAAGAGAAACUUAUGACAAAAACAAAGGCUUGUGGCUUAAAGAAUAAUGGAGCGGUCGUCCCUCGACGCUCUCCAUCACCUGCUCCGCCACUGAAAAAGAAACAGAGAAUUCAUACAAAGGGUAUUAUACCAAAUGAAAUGAACUCGACCAUUGGGAGUGAUAAAGAAACGACAAACACGAAACAUUUCGAGUGGCUGAAUGCUUUAUUGGAAGUUGUCGAGGUUGGAGAGAUUGAAACUAUUGCUAGCAAAGUGCUGCUGCUUGAAAGAAUUCUACUGCUGACGUUGUCAUUCGAAAUUGGACCACCACAGCCGUUUGCAUACGUUGCAUCACAUAUGGAGAGGAUAUUUGAGCUAGAUGCGAUGCACCCGGACAUUUUGUACGAGAACACUCGUGAGAUUACGUUCAUGUUGAUUGCGGAUGCUGUAAAGGGUGGAUUAUGUCUUGCGUUUGAUUGUAUCGCUCUUGCUGCUGGCGCAGUUUACCUGGCCUGCUUGUAUCGUCAUCAAGUGGGACCGAACGUAGCUACUGAGAAGAACAAACCAUGGUGGACUGUACUAAACCUUUCUGAAAAAGAACUUGAAGACGUUGCACGAUGCUACUUGUGGAUGUAUGAAGAUGAAAAAGGCGGAAAGGCUCAAGGCCUUGGGCCUGAAUUUACGGAUUUAUGGAAUCGAUAUCGACCGAGCGACAACACACCCGACCUCGAGUAUAUAAAGGCACUGGAUGCAGGCUUGCAGACACCGUAA